GAUCGCUAUUCCCAAGUAUAAACAUAACUCCACAAAGUCUCGCACUUUCCGGACUAUCCAUGAUGGAAUCACAUAUUAUACCCCCGCCAAAAAGCAACCGUCCUCCAAAACCUAAACCUCAAAAUCCCAUCGAAUCCACCAUUCGAUCAUUUUUUCAAACCCUCCCUUCCGCAUUAUUUUCAGAAAUCUCGGCUCCCCUCGACUUAUUUAUAUCCACCUCCCCCAAGCGCUGGGUGAUAUACUCACCCAUGCUUCUUCUCCCCUCUGGAUCAUUCUCCUCACCACAUUGGAUCUCUCUCCUCUCUCUUAUUUCCCCUUCCCAAAAAGAAGCCUUCUUUACACAAAUCUUGCAGAGCGUAUCAAAGAGAGAAGGAAAGAAACUCACGCAUCUUGCUAUUAAUGCUGGAAUACCUCUUCGUGAGAAAGAGAAGGAGGGAGGGGGCGAAGAGGAAAAUAUAUUGAGAAGUCCUAGUGGAUUACUCAUGUUACAUGGAGAUUUUGGACCCGAUUUCAAAGGUGAUGAACCCACUGAGGAAGAUUUCGAAAAGGCGUUUUGGGUGAGUACGAAACAGAAUGGGAUUGAGCAGGUUUGGGCGCCUAGGUGGACUAUGUUUAGUAGGGGGAAUGUGAAGGAGAAGGCACGGCUGUUGGGGUUUCAUGAUGUUGUUUCGACGGAGAGUGGGAAUGGGAAGAAGGAGAUAGGGAAGGAAGAGAGGAGGAAUUGGACAGCGGUGGAUUUGUAUGCAGGGAUUGGGUAUUUUGUUUUUAGCUAUGUGAAGAUGGGGGUGGGGAGGGUAAUGGGGUGGGAAUUGAAUGGAUGGAGUGUUGAGGGAUUGAGGAGGGGAGCAAUAGCUAAUGGGUGGGGGAUAAGGGUUGUGAAAAGGGGGGACGUGGUUGAAGAAGUUGGAGAUGAGAGGAUUGUGGUGUUUUUGGAAAGUAAUGUGGAGGCCGAGAGGAAGCUGGAAACUAUAACGGGCUUUGGCUCAGUGAAACAUGUAAAUUGUGGCUUCUUGCCUACAAGCGAACCUACAUGGAAAUCGGCUAUGAACAUUCUGGGAGAGGAUGGGUGGUUACAUUUACAUGAAAAUGUCGGAAUUGCAGAUGUGGAAAGAAGAAAGGGGGAGAUAGAGGCAAUGUUCCAAACCUGGCUCACGGAACGAGCCGAUGGAAGGAAUGUGACGGUUGAGCAUGUCGAGUUUGUUAAGACUUUUGCUCCCGACGUCUGGCAUUGUGUUUUUGACGUUCAUGUUGGUAGAUAAACUAUAGACGUCAUGAUAUCCAACUGAUGCAGAUCUUCCAAUUCAAAAACAGAAUGAUGUGGUUGGUCAUUGAGUGAGCUAUACUAGCUUCGCCCGCA